AUAAAAGGAAGCACCCUCUAUCAGUUCCACAUACUCGAUUCUGAAACAUCUGAGAUUAUCAAUAAGCUCCUAGUCCAGACGCCAUGAGUAAUUUCACAGCUGAGGACAAGGCUGCUAUCACUAGCCUGUGGGCCAAGGUGAAUGUGGAAGAUGCUGGGGGAGAAACCCUGGGAAGGCUCCUGGUUGUGUACCCAUGGACCCAGAGGUUCUUCGACAGCUUUGGCAGCCUGUCCUCUCCCUCUGCCAUCAUGGGCAACCCCAAAGUCAAGGCGCAUGGCGUGAAGGUGCUGACUUCCUUGGGAGAAGCCAUAAAGAACCUUGAUGAUCUCAAGGGCACCUUUGGCCAGCUAAGUGAGCUGCACUGUGACAAGCUGCAUGUGGAUCCUGAGAAUUUCAGGCUCCUGGGAAAUGUGCUGGUGACUGUUUUGGCAGUCCUUCAUGGCAAAGAAUUCACUCCCCAGAUGCAGGCUUCCUGGCAGAAGAUGGUGGCUGGAGUGGCCAGUGCCCUGGGCUCCAGAUACCACUGAGGCCCCUGCCCAUGACUCAGAGCUUUGAAGGAGAGGCUUUAUUCUGCAAGCAACAAAAAUAAUAAAACUAUUCUGCUUAGAGAUCAC